CGGAUUGUUCUUCUGUGAACCGGUAACGAUUGACACGAUCUCGUCCACCCAUUCAGCAUACCUCUCGAACCUUGAAAGACAGUUUCGCCAUCACUCAUCACAUAUCAUUCGUCGACCCCCCACAUCACCCCUGAUGGCAUCACCACAAGGGGGCUAUCCGCCCCAGGAAGGAGGGUACGCUCAGCCCGGCUAUGGAUCUCCCGUCCAGCAGCAGCAGCCCGACAUGCCCCCCGGCUCCGCUCCCCAUGGCCAUGCGGCAGGACGCAAGAAGCGGGCCUAUGCGGGAGAAGCGUUUGAGUUCGGUUCCGGCGCCAAUGCGGCUCUGGGAGGUCAGUUGCCGGCUGGAGGAAGCUAUGGGGCAUAUCCACCGCAACCGCAACCGCAAGUAGCGGCGGGAUACCAACAGCCCAUGUAUGGCGCCGACCCGGCCGCCAUGCAGGCUCCCGGCUAUGCGGCCCCCGUCGCCCCCGUCGCCCAGAUGACCCAGCAAUUCGGCGCAAUGGGCAUGACCGACCCGCAUCUCGUGCCCCCGCCGCAGCCCGUGGCUCAGCCCCAGAUCCCGCGGGCCGCUCCUCUCAACCAGCUCGUUCCGACGGACCUCCUCACCCAGCCCUUCAACGUGGCGGAACUGGACCUCCCCCCGCCUCCGAUCAUCCUUCCCCCCGGGACCAGUGUGUACCCCUCUCCCCACGCCAAUUGCCCCUCCAAGUACGUCCGCUCGACCCUGAACGCCGUGCCCACCACCCACUCGCUCCUGAAGAAGUCCAAACUGCCGUUCGCCCUCGUCAUUCAGCCGUAUGCCGCCCUCCACGACUCCGAGGACACCGUCCCCGUCAUCCCCGACCAGGUCAUCUCGCGCUGUCGUCGCUGCCGAUCCUACAUCAAUCCCUUUGUCACCUUCCUCGACCAUGGCCAUCGCUGGCGCUGCAACAUGUGCAACCUCACCAACGACGUGCCCCAGGCCUUUGACUGGGACACCGCACUGCAGAAACCCGCCGACCGGGCGCUGCGAGCCGAUUUGAACGAGUCCGUGGUGGAGUUCGUGGCGCCGCAGGAAUACAUGGUCCGCCCCCCGCAGCCGCUCGUCUACCUCUUCCUGAUCGACGUGAGCUACGCCUCGGUCACCAACGGCCUGCUGGCCACGAGCGCGCGCUGCAUCAAGGAAAGUCUCGACCGCAUCCCCAACGCGGACCGACGGACCCGGCUGGGCUUCGUGGCCGUGGACUCGAGCCUCCACUACUUCUCGAUCCCGCGCGACGGCUCGGAGCACUCGGACCCCCGCAUGCUGGUCGUCAGCGACCUGGACGAACCGUUCCUGCCCAUCCCCACCGAUCUCCUGGUCACCUUGAGCGAGUGCCGCGAGAACAUCGAGAUCUUCCUGGAUAAGCUGCAGGAGAUGUUCCAGAACACGCAGAGCAACUCUUGCGCCAUGGGAUCGGCGCUGCGCGCGGGUUACAAGCUGAUAGCCCCCGUCGGCGGAAAGAUGACGGUGCUCAGCGCCUCGCUGCCCAACAUUGGACACGGCGCGUUGACCAUGCGGGAGGACAAGAAGGUCCUGGGCACCAGCAAGGAGAACAGUCUGCUGCAGACGGCCAACAGCUUCUACAAGAGCUUCGCCGUCGAGUGCUCCAAAGCCCAGGUCUCCGUGGAUAUGUUCCUCUUCUCGUCGCAGUACCAGGACGUCGCGUCGCUCAGCAACCUGCCGCGGUAUACCGGCGGGCAAACAUACUUUUACCCGGGGUGGAACGCGGCCCGCGGGGAGGAUGCCAUCAAGUUCGCGCGGGAGUUCUCCGAAUACCUGUCCUCGGAGAUCGGGCUGGAGGCGGUGCUGCGUGUGCGCGCCACGACGGGCCUGCGCAUGAACACGUUCUACGGAAACUUCUUCAACCGCAGCUCCGACCUCUGCGCGUUCCCCGCGUUCCCCCGCGACCAGGCCUACGUCGUCGAGGUCGCCAUCGACGAGACCGUCACGAAGCCGGUCGUGUGCAUGCAGACGGCCGUGCUGCACACCACGUGCAACGGCGAGCGACGGAUCCGUGUGUUGACCCUGGCCUUGCCGACCACCCAGAAUCUGGCCGAUCUGUACGCGUCGGCGGACCAGCAGGCGAUUGCCACCUACUUCAGCCACAAGGCCGUGGAGCGGGCGCUGGGUAGCGGUUUAGAACCGGCUCGUGAAGCCCUCCAGGCCAAGCUGGUCGAGCUCCUGGCGACGUACCGCAAGGAACUGGCCGGUGGGAGUGUGAGCGGCGGGGGACUUCAGUUCCCGGCCAACCUCCGCGCCCUUCCUGUGUUGUUCCUCGCUAUGAUUAAGAAUCUGGGCCUCCGGAAAUCCGCCCAAAUCCCGACGGACAUGCGAUCGGCAGCCCUGUGUCAGCUGUCGACUCUUCCCCUUCCCCUGUUGAUGCAAUACAUUUACCCGCGGAUGUAUUCGCUCCACGACAUGCCCGACGACGCGGGAUUGCCGCGACCGGACGAGGUGACGGGCGAGAUGAAGAUUGUACUCCCGCCGCCAGUGAACCUAACGUCGGAGCGGAUCGUGCCGUUCGGGCUGUAUCUGAUCGACGACGGACAGACGCAGUUCCUGUGGGUGGGACGGGACGCGGUGCCGCAGCUGAUCAUGGACGUGUUCGGGCUGCCGGACAAGUCGCAGCUCCGGGUGGGCAAGCAGUACCUGCCGGACCUGGACAACGACUUCAACCAGCGGGUGCGGGCGGUGGUGGAGAAGAGCGCGGAUCACCGGUCCAAGGGGGCGGGCAGCAUUGUGGUGCCGCACCUGUACGUGGUCAAGGAGGACGGCGAGCCGGGCCUGCGGUUGUGGGCGCUGACGAUGCUGGUGGAGGAUCGGGCGGACCAGAGUGUCAGCCUGGCGCAGUGGAUGGGGAUGUUGCGAGAAAAGGUUGUUCAGUAAUGAUCGCUCGCUCGAUUUUGGUCCUAUAUCA